ACCGUAUUAUUUAUCAAAAUGUCAAAUCUCUUAUAAAUCUGUUUUACUCGUAGCUACUGAAGUGUUUUAUCUUUUUCUUUUGCGCAAAUUUUUCAAUUUGAAAGACAGUGACAAAUCGGUCUAACAGUUAACAUGUUUUUUUUUUAAUAAUUAGUAUAAUGGAAUAAAAAUGCCUGCAUCAUAUUAUACGCUGGCGAAGCACCAGUGAAAGAUGACAUGUGAGAAUGAAAAGGCAGGUCAGUUAACCUAUCGUGAUGAAUACACCUGGAAUUCAGCACGAUGGUUUUCAGGGAGACCACGGGGAAGUCGACUUGACUGGGUAUAUUGCUAGCAAUGGGACAUCCACAUUACUAAUAACACGUUUUAGUUUUUACGAAUAAAAGGGUUAGACUUUGAAAUGAAACAUACAAAGCACAGGACUGUACAAAGUGGCGCAUUUUGGGCAAAGUCUAUGUCCAACAGUGAACAGCUGUGGCCUGAUGACGAGGAAAUAUACACCACACGUCACCAUAGGAACCUUCGAUGAAUAAACAGGGAUACAACAUCCAAAUUGUACCCGCUCGUUGUUUAAUCAUAACACUUGUAAUAGCGGUACACGGACAAACAUACAAAUGGGUGCGUUGUGUUUUCAACUUGUUUUAUUUUCAACAAUUUGUUUCACCUAUGCUUGGAGUUCGGCAUUGAUCAAUGGUGACUUUGACAUGUCAAUUUGUGGACGAAAAAAAUGUAUAUGGAAGUGCUGCCCGGAAAAUAUGUAUGUGAAUAGAAAAAAAUGCGCCCCGUACAAAGAAGCAUUGAAUUUCUCGGAUUAUCCCGUGUUCGAUGGCGAUAUGUAUGAGAGUGGAAAGAAAUUUUCGGAACUUUUCGCUUUUGUGCCGAACAAGUUUCAUAACGAAUCGUUCCGGAAUGAUUCCUACAACAUGAACCGGCUGUUCAACGUUUACUUGAUGACGAGCGGAUCCGCAUAUUUGGAGUUACCAAACGCCUUCCAAAGAUGGACCUUAGUGGCACCUUCGAACUUCUGUUUAGACUACAUAUUGCCAAACAAGAGAGUUAAAAAGCCAGAAAUAAACCUCUGGGCUACCUUUGAAGAAGCAGAUGUGAUGGAAAGCAACAUAUAUAUGACGAUUGGUAUGCUCAUAUCAUGUGUAUUCAUGGGUUUGGUUCUUCUCGUAUACGCCUUACUUCCUGAGCUGCGCAAUCUGUGUGGUCUCGUUUUGAUGUCAUAUGUAGCAAGUUUACUGAUGGCCUUCCUCCUUUUGGCUGUUGUACAGUUAUAUCAAUUUACCGAUGUGGAAUGUCUCUGGAUGACUUUCACGGUGUAUUACUGCUUCAUGGCGAGUUUUUGCUGGAUGAACAUCAUGUCUUAUGACAUUUGGUGGACUUUCAGAGGCUACGCCAAAGCGAGGCCAAUUCAUAGGCGUGGAGAGACGUUCAAGUUCUGCAUGUACAGUCUAUACGGCUGGGGCGUGCCUCUUGGGCUUACAGCAUUCCUCGGCAUCAUAAACGAAAUGGACCUUACACAUGUCCCGUGGUUCAUCACUCCUCAAAUACCUGAUAAGGGAUGCUUUCUGGAAGAUGGCCAGAAAUUGGUGUACAUGUACAUUCCAAUGUUGAUCAUGAGUGCUUUCAACUGGCUCUUCUACUUAAUGACCGCGUACAACGUGUGGAGGCUCAGUCGUGGUACCGCCGUGCUGGAUUCAGCCGCUGCCGGGACUCCAGCAGCUCAUCGUAGCCAAAGGCACAGAUUUAUGGUAUAUCUUAAGCUGUCUAUCCUGAUGGGACUCAAUUGGGUAUUGGAAGUGAUUAGCUCAUUCAAACCGGAGCUAAAAUUGUGGAACAUCACAGACGCAUAUAACCUGCUCAUUGGAGUAGCCAUAUUCCUCAUUUUUGUCUGCAAAAAGAAGAUCUUUCAAAAACUAAUGAAAAGAUUCAGAGAAUGCGGUAGCCACCAAUGGUCACCACACUCUAAGAGCCGCUCCAGUUCCACCACAUUAUCCAACCUCAGUCAGGAGUCUACCACCCCACAAGUGUGCAUCAACCCUAAAGGAUUCGCCUAAUUUUAUUUAGUAAAAAAAGAAACAUACUCUUUAUAUACGUAAUAGAAAUGUAAUUAUCUUUUUAAAGAAGUUUUAGAAACGUGUAGACCCUAAGCCGAGUUAAUGUACAUUGUAAAUAAUACACAGAGAAUCUUAACUAUAUACGUAUUUAAUAUAUCUUUUCUAAUAAAAUUACUUUGCUUACUGUGACAAGAUUAAUUACGAAUUACUUUAUUUAUCGAACUUAAACACAAGUCAGCAAUAUCUUUGGGUGGUAAGAUAUUUUAUAGUAUUUGUCACAGAGUAAAUAAUGAAAUGAUUUUUAUAUUUUUAAACAUUUAUUUCAGUUUACAAAUUUUAUUUUUAUAUUUGUACGGCUUAUAUAUAUAAUAUAUGCUAGUAUAAUAAAUAUAAAACAAUAUUUUAAAUAUUUUAAAGUGUCACCGACCGAAAAUGUAAGCUAAGUUUUUUCUAUUUUUCUUCGUUAAUUGUCAUAUUUCUCUAUUUUUUUUUUUUUAAUAUUGUACAACAACUGGGUUCCAUGAACAAUAAAACAAAUUGUUAAUUUAACAAUUGUUAUUUGCAGUACAAAGUGUAAUGUAAUGUUCUCUACCAUAGAUAUAUAGACCAUAAAUGUGCAGGUUGGUGUAUUUUUUUUUUUACAUAAGUAUUAUACAAUAUAAUUUUAUAGCACUUUAAAUGAUAGAUAUUAAUAAACUAGUAAAACAACUAAAUAGGCUAAACUUAUAAUUUAAGACUAAACCCUAUAGUUAUAGGAUAGUUGGUUUGAAACAAUAAACCGCCUCUAAGUAAGUGUUAGGAUUAUUUUCGUACAAUUAGUUUUAUAAUGUUUUCUUUUCAGAGGUAAUGAAAUUAUACAUAAUUCUAAAUGAGUGUAAUGUACAAUACCAAAUAUCUCAUUGAAUUAAAAAUAACAAUUAAGUAACUUAAUAAACCUCCAAUAAAGUAUCUUAAUACCAAAUAUUUAUGUUAUUCCUUGUUCUUAACAUCAUAAUCUAAUUAUUUGCAACUUGCAACACUGAAGAACGGUGUUUUGUUUGUUAAAAAAAUUAAAGAUUUCGGGGGAAAAAUAUAAGAACAAGGAAUUAAAAAAUAUACCAAAUAUCAGCCAAAGUGACGUUUAUUAUAUGAUACAGUCGUAGAAAGACCGUAGAUACUGUAGUACAGAACUAUAAUACGUUUAAUAUAAUAAAUACGAAAUAAGAUGAGUGAGAUGUACCUUAAUUACUUAUUAAGAACUGGCUAAUUAUAUUCAAAAUAUACUUUUUCAUGUGUGUUUAGUUAAUUUUAUUGAUAGCUUAAAUUUAAAUUUAUGUAUUCCAUAAGGAUUUUACUAUUUAAGUGUAUUUUUACUCUUUAUUUUGUAAUAAAAUAAAUUCGUUGUAUCACAGACAAAAAAUUAUAAACAAGGAGCUAAUUUUUCUAAAGAUUUGUAUGUAUGUUUUACCCAUGUAAAUUUGUUACUUCGUAAAUCAUUAUGGUUAUAAUUGAUAGCUUAUGGCCAAAACCCGAGAAAUAAAAAAAUCACAGUGGUUAAAAUAAAAGCUGUAUCUAAGUACUUCAUUAUCAUAUCAACCGUUAUCUGUCCACUGCUGAACAUAAGCCUCCCCCAUAGACUGCCAUAAGGAACCUGCAUUGAUCUAAGUGAUUACCAUAAAACAAUGUACCAAAACUUUACGUAAGUUUAUUUUUUUAAUAAGAUAGAUAAUAUUUUAGUUGUUGAACCGCAAAAUAAAGAGCAUUAGCCUAUGGUGGGAUAUUCAAAGAACUCUUACAUAGUUUUAAUUUAAUUACUUUUUAUUUUAUACAUUGUUUUUAUUAAUUGAACCUUAUAAUACUCAUUGAAUAGAUUACUUUAGAAGAUUAUUGCAAGUGAUUUUAAAUGUAAGUAUUGUAAAAGUAAUAAAAUAAAUAAAAUAACACACACGAA